AUGUUGGACCCCGAGUCGUUCAUGAAGAACAGUCCCUUCCAGGUCGCAAACGGUGACCACUAUAACCUCAACAAUACCACUCCAGAACUCUUGAAGUUUCUGCUUCAUGAACAAACAAGACAGCCACCAAUGCUAGCGCCGCUGCUCAUGGAUGUGGAGUUCAAUGCCCAUUUACAGCAUGUAAUUGAUGCCAACAAUUUGUCAAUCGACUUUGACCACGACGAAAACGACGAGUUUCUGAGAGAUGGAGUUUCUGGGUCGUCCACCCCUUCGUCUGACAUCUCGGAACCGCUCAAGGCAGUUUCCGGCGCCGACAAGACAAAUUACAUGAACUUGAAAGUUUUGAUCGAGAACUCUGUAUUUGAUGCCUCCAAAAUGUCUCUGAAGUCCGUGCUUUCAUUGCAUAAGGCCAAACUGUUGAAACAGCUCAUAGCCGAUAAGAAAGACCACAAGGAAUACUUGGAGCAGCGCAUUUCUAUCUCCAACCAGUUCUGCUCUACAUUGCUUGCCAAUCCGGACUCUUCUGUUCCAGGCAGAUCUCCUGUGUCUGACUUAGACCCUGGUCUUUUGCUCAAAAUCCUCAAGCAGAACAUCGAGCUCCAGCAGCAGCUUAUGACCAUCUCGGCUGAGCUCGACUCUCUCAAUCAGAAACUUACAAACCACAACUUGUCCUGCCUUGUAUUGGGCUACGUCAAAGAUGUGGAAUUGUCGUCCUCGGCGUCUGGCAUGGACUUGGCUUCUGCCUCCAAAGGCAUUCCAAUUGACCCGGCCUCUCAACAGUCAUUUGAAUCCUUGUUUGCACACAUCGCCUCGUUGGCCGUACAGAAGAACGUGCCUUUGCCUGACCACACUUUAGAGUUGGAUAGCACGUUACCAGGAAAGAUCGCCUGGGCCCAAAAAUGUAUCGAUGCUAUUGUUCGCUCUCCCUCGUCCUCAUCAGCCCCCUCAAUGCCAUCCGCUCCUUCAACUGCUACAAGCACACUGACUCGCGGAACCGAUGGCUCGCUGUCAGUUGACAACUCUGUGUUGAACGACCACUCGUUUUUAUCGGCGACUCCAUAUGCUCUCAAUAACAGCGCUCUGGAUAAGACAAUUUCGGAAUACAAGAUCGCAUUAAACGAUUUGAGAUUCUCCCACCAAUUUUUCAUGAAAGAGUAUGAGUACUUGAAAGAGAACUCUUUGAAGACGAUACUGGAUUACCGUCGCAAGAACGCCGCUCUUGAGAAGGAGGUUGCUAGAUACCGCAACGGCAGCUCUAUGUCACUCAAUGACCACUCUCGCGAUACCUUGGACGCUAAGGACAAGGAGAUCGCCCAGCUUAGGAAGGAUAUCAACCUCUUGAAAGUGGAGUACUUGGGAAACAAGUCGCCACGCAACUCCAUUGCAUCUCCCACAUUAUUAUUUGCCCCUGAUAUUAACAACAAUGUGAGCCCGACCCAGAAAUCUAAUUCUGCAAGCAGCGCUAUUUUGCGUAAAGAGUUCAAGAAGAUGGUGACGGACAUGCAAGAUCGCUACGAGGUGGAGUUGGGCGAGGAGCGUCUCAAGAGGCGCCAGCUAGAAGACAAAUUGGCAAAGUUGGAUAUUAAUGUUUAG